UUUUGAUAUUAUGGAAGAAGACCUUUAAUAGUCAUAAAAUGAACCAAAUUUAUAUAGUUCUCAUGAUGAAUACCCAAUUUAAAAUCAUCAUUCAAUCAAAAAAAUAGUAAGCUCCUCUUUGACCUAAUAAAUGAAUUCUCUUAAAAUAAACACAUCAAGCUCAAGAAGAAUUAGCAAAUCUAAAGCUAAUGGGAAAUUGAAAUAUCAUAAAAAUAUAAAUAAAAAGAAGGAAUCUUCUUAACAUUAAGAUUCUCAAAAAGAAGAGACUUAAUUCGAUUUGUAUACACAAGAAUACAAACAAAUACAAGUGUGUAGCUUUCCAAGUACACCCUCUCUGUAUUGA